GGAGGAAGAGCAGAAGGAAGUGGUCAGUAGCCGGGCGGGCGCGAGUGGAGAUGGUGCUGCUGCGGCUGCUGCUCUGGAGUGCGCGCUGGGCGAUCCUCGGGUCUGCGGACUCUGCGCUCUGGGGUUUGAAGUCAAUAAAAGGAAGCUGCCAGAAUUUUUGUACGGCUGUUUCUAAAGAUGUCACUUAUAAGGAACUUAAAAACCUGUUGAAUUCCAAAAGUAUUAUGCUAAUUGAUGUUAGAGAGGCAUGGGAAAUUCUUGAGUAUGGAAAAAUCCCCGGGUCUGUCAAUAUACCAUUGGAUGAGGUGGGUGAAGCUCUACAGAUGAACCCAAAAGCCUUCAAAGAGAAGUACAAUGAAGUAAAGCCAUCCAGAUGUGACAGUCUAGUAUUUUCUUGUUUAGCCGGAGUGAGAAGCAAGAAGGCUCUGGACACAGCAAUAUCUCUGGGCUUUAACAGUGCUCAACACUAUGCUGGAGGAUGGAAGGAGUGGGCAGCCUAUGAAUUUUCAGAGAAGAAACAAGGAAAUUGAAUUUUGGAAUACAAGCUGGCGCUUUCCUUGUCUACAUGCAGCCUAAGAUAGUGGAAUGAGCAAAAGAAUAAAAAUCUAGCCCUGGCACCACUGGCUAAUGGGAAGGGGAUUUUGUAUAAGUC